AUGGCAAGUUCAGCAACUCCUGCUGGAGUGAGAAUUGCCAUGCGUGCAGCUAUCCAGUUGCUUGGAGGAGGGUCACUGAUGUGGAUGAUGCUCCUGCACAAUAAACCAAAACAACUGUUCACUCUAUUCACAUCUAUCUCAGCCUCUUCCUUAUCUAUCUAUCUCUCUCAGUCUCUUCACAUCUAUCUAUCUAUCUCUCUCAGUCUCUUCACAUUUAUCCAUCUAUUUCAGCCUCUUCUUUAUCUAUCUAUCUAUCUAUCUACUUCAGUUUCUUCACAUUUAUCUAUCUAUCUAUUUCAGCCUCUUCUUUAUCUAUCUAUCUACCUCAGUCUCUUCACAUCUAUCUAUCUAUCUAUCUCGGUCACUUCCCAUCUAUCUAUCUAUUUUAGCCUCUUCUUUAUCUAUCUACUUCAGUUUCUUCACAUCUAUCUAUCUAUCUAUCUCAGUCUCUUCACAUUUAUCUAUCUAUUUCAGCCUCUUCUUUAUCUAUCUAUCUACUUCAGUUUCUUCACAUCUAUCUAUCUAUCUAUUUCAGCCUCUUCUUUAUCUAUCUAUCUAUCUACCUCAGUCUCUUCACAUCUAUCUACCUAUCUAUCUAUCUCGGUCACUUCCCAUCUAUCUAUUUAUUUCAGCCUCUUCAUUAUCUAUCUAUCUAUCGAUCUCAGUCUGUUCAUAUCUAUCUACCUAUCUCAGGAUAUUAACAUCUAUUCAAUCUCAGUCUAUUCACAUCUAUCUAUCAAGCCCAGUUUAUUCACAUCUAUGUAUCUAUCUACCUCAGUCUAUUCACAUCUAUCUAUCCAGCUCAGUUUAUUCAUAUCUAUCUACGUUUAUUCACAACUAUCUCACUCUCUUCAUAUCUUUCUAUUUGCAUCUAUCUAUAUAUCUUAG